AUGGAUGAAGACUUUAUUUUGGCCCAACAGCUUCAAGAGGAGUGGAACUUGCAGGUCACAAAGCGCCAUCAUCCCCAGAAGCCCUUGUCAGUGGUGGACGCAUCUUGGGAGUUGGUAGAUCCGACCCCAGAUUUGUGGGCCCUGUUUAUGCAGUUCAAUGAUCAGUUCUUCUGGGGCCAGCUAGAGGCGGUGGAAGUGAAGUGGAGCAUGCGAAUGACCCAGUGUGCUGGAAUAUGCAACUAUGAAGGCAGAGGCGGAAUGUGUUCCAUCCGCCUCAGUGAACCCCUUUUGAAGUUGAGGCCAAGAAAGGAUCUUGUAGAGACGCUCUUGCAUGAAAUGAUACAUGCCUAUUUAUAUGUUACUAAUAAUAAAGACCGGGGCGAGCAUGGUCCACAGUUUUGUAAACAUAUGAGUCGCAUCAAUCUUCUGACAGGAGCCAAUAUUACGAUAUACCAUGAUUUUCAUGAGGAGAUAGAUGAAUAUCGGCGACACUGGUGGCGCUGUGAUGGGCCGUGUCAGCACAGAAAGCCUUAUUAUGGUUAUGUCAAACGUGCUACUAACAGGGCACCCUCUGCUCAUGACCAUUGGUGGGGUGAACACCAUAAAACCUGUGGAGGCACUUUUAUAAAAAUCAGAGAACCAGAGAACUUAAAAGGCAAAGGAAAGACAAAACUAUCCAGUAGCAACUGCAGAGAUUAA